AUGUGCACAUCCCACGAUGACUGGCACUGCAUGCGUUCCAUGCUCGAGUUCUCCGAAACUGGAACGUCUGAAGAAGGCUUUGCCACAUUUCUUACAUUCACAGGUUUAGCUCUCCAGUGUGGUCAGCCUGGACGGUACCGGCGCUUCGUGUACAUCGUCACCACCAUGGCCUCGCAAUGAGGAAAAACCGACGUGAACUACACUCAGCUCGUCGAUCUGCACACCCGAUAGGCUGAGUGCGGUUUGCGCAUCCUGGCCUUCCCCAGCAACCAGUUCGGGAGGCAGGAACCAAGGAGUAACGAAGAGAUCAAGGCAUUCGCUGCAGGCUACAAUGUCAAGUUCAACAUACACAGCAAGUUCUGCAUGAACAGCAAUGAUGCCCACCUGCUGUGGAAGUGGAUGAAAGUCCAGCCCUAGAGCUGGGGCAUGCUGGGAAAUUCCACCAAGUGGAACUUCACCAAGCUCCUCCUCAUCAACAAGAAUGGCUGCAUGGUGAAGCAUUACGGCCUCAUGAAGGAGGCCCCGGUGAUCAAGAAGGGCCUCCCCUGCUAUCUGUAG